UUUCUAUUUUCCAGAUCUCUGUCUCUAUCUUCGAUAUUGCAUAAAAUUUUUCAACUUUACGUCAAUUCUUCAAUUUUUCUGAUUUUUGUUGGGUUUCGGAGUCUCAACAAUGGCGACACCAGUGAACAGAAAAAUCUCAGCUGCAUCAGCUAGGGCUCAUACCAGAAAGUCAAAGAAAUCCUCUUCUCUUCAGCUCAAUUCAGGGAUCCUUAGAACAACACUGGUAGUAUUGUUGAUUGGGUUUCUAGCUUGGGCUUAUCAAGUUACUCGACCUCCUCCCCCGAAGAUUUGUGGCACUGCUGAUGGCCCACCUGUAACAGCAUCAAGAAUCAAACUAAGAGAUGGAAGACAUUUGGCAUACGAAGAGCACGGUGUUCCAAAAGAUGCAGCCAAGUAUAAGUUCAUAUAUAUACAUGGUUUUGAUAGUUGCAGGCAUGAUGCCGUGGUUGCCAAAAAGCUUUCACCUGAUGUUAUUGAGGACUUGGGGAUCUACAUUGUAGCUUUUGACAGACCUGGUUACGGUGAAAGCGAUCCUGAUCCCAACCGUACAAUAAAGAGCAUUGCCUUAGAUGUAGAAGAGCUUGCCGAUCAGCUUGGAUUAGGAUCAAAAUUCUAUGUGGUUGGUUUUUCCAUGGGAGGACAGGUUGUUUGGAAGUGCCUUAAGUACAUACCUCACAGGCUGGCAGGUGCAGUUCUUUUAGCCCCAGUUGUCAACUACUGGUGGCCUGAUCUUCCGGCAAACCUAACUAACGAAGCCUAUUACCGAAAAUUACUACAAGAUCAAUGGACACUUCGUGUUGCUCACUACACACCGUGGCUAACUUACUGGUGGAACACUCAAAAAUGGUUCCCCGGAUUAAGUUUAAUUUAUAAUAAUACAGAUAUCCUUUCAAGUCAAGAUAAAGAGCUUACUUCAACAAUUUGGUCUAAUAAAAAGGGUCAUGUGGCUCAGGCAAGACAGCAAGGAGAAUACGAGACUCUCCACCGUGACUUAAAUAUCGGAUUCGGUAAAUGGGAUUUUAGUCCUUUGGAUCUUGAAAAUCCGUUUCCAAAUAAUGAAGGUUCUGUCCAUCUUUGGCAUGGAGAGGAAGAUUUGAUGGUGCCUGUUAUAGUGCAACGAUACAUCGCCAAAAACCUUCCCUGGAUUCAGUAUCAUGAACUCAAAGGAUCUGGUCACUUGUUCCCUUAUCUUGAUGGUAUGAGUGAUACUAUCAUUAAGUCACUUUUAGGUGCAAAGUAGGCUUCUAUGUUAUGGUUAGUGGCUGUUCUGUUCCGGCUUCGAGAUUCGGCUUCUCCCUAUCUGAGAAUUCAGAGAGUUGCUUAGAGGGAAAUGUAUUAUCUACAUUGAAACAUCAUUGAGUACACAUAGCUGUAGGGAGAAUCAGGUUACUUUCAAACAUGAAUUCUAUCUCUUGUUUGAAAACAUAUUGAAAGAGAAGCUGAAAUGUUUCUCUACAGCCUCAUUGAGUCUAUGAACCUGAAUUGAUUUGAAAUAUGAAUUUCUUUUUGAUGA